GACUGCGGACACAGUACAGGGAUGACCAGAGACUGCGGACACAGUACAGGGAUGACCAGAGACUGCAGACACAGUACAGGGAUGACCAGAGACUGCGGACACAGUACAGGGAUGACCAGAGACUGCGGACACAGUACAGGGAUGACCAGAGACUGCAGACACAGUACAGGGAUGACCAGAGACUGCACACAGUACAGGGAUGACCAGAGACUGCGGACACAGUACAGGGAUGACCAGAGACUGCAGACACAGUACAGGGAUGACCAGAGACUGCAGACACAGUACAGGGAUGACCAGAGACUGCGGACACAGUACAGGAGAUGACCAGAGACUGCGGACAUAGUACAGGGAUGACCAGAGACUGCGGACACAGUACAGGGAUGACCAGAGACUGCGGACACAGUACAGGGAUGACCAGAGACUGCGGACAGCACAGGGAUGACCAGAGACUGCAGACACAGUACAGGGAUGACCAGAGACUGCGGACAGUACAGCACAGGAUGACCA